CAGAAACAUAGAAAAAAAAGUGAGAUAUUGUGAGAGACGAUUACAGCUGGGAGAGAAAGAUCAUGAUCAAGAUAGAAAGAUCGCGAAGUGUUCAUAGCUCUUUCUCCAAUUCAAGCUACAAGUCUUCAGUGUCUGAAGGCUCAGAGGAAGACAUAGAGUCGUUCUCGUCGUAGUCGCUGUGAUAGUCUUCUCCUGUAUAUGUUUUGUGUAGAAGAUUGUAAUAGCUGCACAAAAGCAAACGAUAUCAAUCUCAGUAUCAUCUUCCUUAUUGCAUCAUCUCGAUCAAUAGUGGAUAAGCUUGAGAGUUUUGAUCUCUCUUCAGACACUAAGGCAAUAAAGUCUGGCUAAAUAAAUUUUGUGUGUUCUUAAUUGUUUUAGAUUGAACACAAACGAAAUCAAAUCAAGCACAAAAUCGAUUGAACUAGAACAAUUAAGAUUGAUCAGAAUUGAGAAUUGAAUCUCGGUUCUUAAUACACACAAAAAAGAAAAAAAAAGAAAAAAGAAGAAAAGGAAAAUAAAAUCCUUUCUCACGAUUUAUUUGCCGCAUCCCUAAAACCUCUCAAAACUCUCACCGGAGAUCAAACCUCUCAUCUCCAGAUUCCUCCGUCUCCUCUUCUCGUAUCUACAGACAACAAAGAGAGAUUUCAAGAAAAUGGCGUCAAGAGCGAUCUUACGGAGAAAGAGUAUCGUUUCUGAUUACUUGAACGUCUACGCUCGUUCAGCUCAGAGCUUUCAAUCUUUUGGAAACUCUGCUCACAAAGUCAACAACCCUCCUUUGGUAGCCAAAGACAAGUCCUUUACUGGAGGAUAUGGUCUACCUCUACUUUUGCGUUCUAGGUUCCAUGGCUCUUCAGAGAUGGGUUCUUCAGGGAUGAGAUACAUGAGCGUGUCUAUCCAUAACGCUACUAAGAAACCCGAAGAAGAGGAGAAGAGGAAAGAGGCGUCUCCUGAGGAAUGUGACCAAGCUGUUGAGAGUCUGAGCAGUGUUAAAGCCAAAGCGAAGGCUAAGCGUCUUCAAGAUUCCAAGAAGGUUGCUCGGUCGAUUCUUCAGAGGACUUGGGUUUUUAUUCUUGGCAUUGGUCCUGCUUUGAGAGCUGUUGCCUCCAUGAGCAGGGCGGAUUGGGGGAAGAAGCUCACUCACUGGAAACAAGAGUUUGUGUCAACGUUGAAACAUUAUUGGCUGGGGACGAAACUACUCUGGGCUGAUACUAGGAUCAGUUCAAGGUUGCUGCUUAAGCUGGCUGGUGGGAAGAGUCUCUCUAGGAGAGAGAGACAGCAGCUAACUCGAACGACAGCUGAUAUCUUUAGAUUAGUGCCGUUUGCUGUGUUCAUUCUCGUGCCGUUUAUGGAGUUUCUCCUGCCGGUUUUCUUGAAGCUCUUCCCUAAUAUGUUGCCGUCGACUUUCCAGGACAAGAUGAAAGAAGAGGAAGCAUUGAAAAGGAAGUUACUUGCUAGGAUAGAAUACGCUAAGUUUCUUCAGGAAACUGCCAAGGAGAUGGCUAAGGAAGUUAAGCACUCGAGGACUGGUGAAGCGAAGCAAACCGCUGAGGACCUGGUUGAGUUUCUAGAUAAGGUUCGAAAAGGUCGACUAGUCCAAAACGAUGAAAUUUUGGGCUUUGCAAAGCUUUUCAACGAUGAGCUUACUUUGGAUAACAUUAGCAGGCCUCGCUUGGUUAGCAUGUGUAGAAUUAUGGGUAUUAGCCCAUAUGGAACAGAUGCCUAUCUGCGAUAUAUGCUAAGAAAAAGACUGAGGAGCAUCAAGGAAGAUGAUAAACUGAUUAGAGCUGAGGGCGUGGAUUCCCUCUCAGAAGCUGAGCUACGCGAAGAUUGCAGGGAGCGGGGAAUGCUGGGGACGCUUACAGUUGAAGAGAUGAGGCAACAGCUUCGCGACUGGAUGGACUUGUCACUUAAUCACUCUGUCCCCUCGUCGUUACUGAUCUUAUCUAGGGCAUUCACGGUUGCAGGAAGAGUUGAGGCAGAUGCUGUCAGGGCAACUCUUUCUUCUCUUCCUGACGAGGUUGUGGAUAUUGUUGGUGUUACUUCUCUGCCAUCUGAAGACCCUCUAUCUGAGCGGCUAAGGAAACUAGAGUACCUUGAGAUGCAAGACGAACUGAUCAAGAAAGAAGAAGAGAAAGAAGAGGAAGAGCUUACAAGGAUUAAGGAUGUUAAAGGUGGUGAAGAGGAUAAGGCGCUGCAAGAGAUGACUAUACCAACGGCCAGAGAAGCCCAAGAACAGGCCAGAGCUAGAGUUCUUGAACAGCAAGAUGAUCUUUGCAAACUUAGCCGUGCACUGGGCGUUUUGGCUUCCGCUUCUUCAGUAUGUAGAGAGCGCGAAGAGUUCUUGAGGCUGGUCAAGAAAGAGGUGGAGUUCUAUAACACAAUGGUCGAGAGAGAAGAUGUUGAUGGGGAAAAAGCUGCAAUGAAAGCAUACAAAGCAGCUAGAGAAGAUAGUGACCAAAGUGAUGAAGUUGCUGAAGCAGAUGAGGUUUCUUCUGCGCUAAUGGAAAAGGUUGAUGGUCUGAUACAAAACCUCGAGAAGGAGAUUGAUGAUGUGGAUAUCAAAAUUGGCAAAGGCUGGCUGCUUCUUGAUAGGGAUCGAGAUGGAAAGGUCACACCUGAUGAAGUUGCAGCAGCUGCGAUGUACCUGAAGGAUACACUUGCUAAUGAAGGUCUUCAACAACUAAUCAGUAAUCUCUCCAAAGAUAAAGAGGGAAGAAUUAUGGUGGAGGACAUUGUAAGGUUGGGGAGGUUGGGAAGUAAGCCAGAAGAAAAUGCAACAGAGGAAGAAGAAUCAAAUUAAACGGAAAGAGUACUCUGAUUCUUUUGAAAACUAGAGGAGAAACUACUACACUCUUUAAUACUGAGAGAAACUAUACUCUACAUAAUAGAAGGCGGCUGAGAUUGAGCAAACUUAAGCUAUUUGAAGAGCUAACACUUUAGUAUAUGUGCUUGUCGUAACAACAAGACGAGCCUGAUUAAUCCACUUAUCUUGCUUAUUUUGUACAAGUCGCAAGUAAUUAAAUUAGUUUGCGUUAAGUGACGUCUGCUAUUACCAUGUUUAUAACAAAAAUUCAUUCAAGAAAAACAAACAUCUUUGAUACA